AAGAUGAAGAUGAAGAAAAUCCAGACAAUUCAUGUUAUCCAGAUGCAUCAUCAUUAUCCCAAACUGAUGAACUAUUCGCCAAUAAUAGUCCAUCAAACUCUGUUGAAUCUAACAAUAGUAAAAAAAAUAUUUCAAAAUCAAAUUCAGAAAUUGAUGAAGUACAGGAGUUUGUUAGUAACAAGAAAUUAAAAGUUACUCGUGACACAUCAAGCUCUGAAACGCCUAGGCGCAUCAUAUGGCUUCACCCCAAAUAAUAACAACUGUGAAAAUGAAAAUGAUCAAGCUUUUAAAUAAAUUGUAAUCAGAAGUUUAACUUGCAUGAAAUAUGAAAUUGAGGUAGAACAAAAACUAUUAGAUUCUAUGGCUACUUUAAUAGAGAAAAUUCAUGAUAAAAUUGAAAAUUCAUCUAUAUCUCCAUUAAACCUUCAAAAUGUAAUAAGUGACCUGGAAAUAAUCAGUAUUGACAACAACGAGUCUUUAGAUGUUUUGGAAGAACGAUUGACUAACGAUAAACCAUUCAGAUUUUUUUUUUAAGUUAAUUGACAUUUAUUAGUUCCAGCAAUAUUUAUUUUAAUUUAAAUGUUAAAGGUACUAGCAUUAACACGUCUUAUAGGAGAUAGCAUAUUAUCAGAAACUGUGCGUAGAAAAAUGCAAAAGAUCUUCACAGACAAAUUUCUCCCCAAUUAUUCAUACAUUGGUCAUAAGGGAAAAUUAUUAUUAUCUAAUCUACAAAGCUGUACUAUAAUAUUUGAUGAGGUUCAUAAAAUGAAAAAAUAUCAUGAUAUACCUUUCAAAGAUAUUGAAAAAUCUAUAAAAUUGUGGAUGGCUCAAGCAUCAGAACGCAUAAAAAAAAGAAAUGAAAAGAAUACAAAGGACAAAAGUGUAAAUAAUGUGACUUAACAAAUAAUUUUGCAUUUAAGUAAAUUAAAUUAUAAUUUCAACUAAAUAUAUUUUGUUUUUUAAAAUG